AUGCUAUGGGAUCGGAACCAGGAUGAACCUACUCACAUUCUCAAAGGCCACACUGACCACAUUCGAACAUUAGAACUCCGUGAUGGGUUCCUGUUCUCCGGAGCCGCUGACAACACAGUGAGAAUAUGGGAUCUCGCAUCGGGGGAAUGUGUUCGGGUUCUCAAUCAUACAGGCUACAUCUCCAUAUUGACAUUCAGCCCUGACGACGCGCUUCUUCGUGCUGGGUGUGGUGGCAGUGGGCAUGUUUCUAUCUGGGACUGGAGAACUGGAACUCUGGUGGCAGAACGUCAAACACAGGCCAGACAGACCCAACUGUACACAAACUUUGAUGGCCGCAUGAUCACCUCUGGGCUUGAUGGGUGUGAGCAAGAUGGUACGCUCCUCGAGACCUUCACGGCACACGAUGCUCCCAUGCGUGGACUUGUCAAAGUAGGGCGAUUUGUAGUUACAAUUGGAACUACGGAUGGCCGGAUCAAACUGUGGGAUUGGGCCAGCAAGGCAUAUCUUACCGAUCUACAGGAAUCAGUCGGUUUGAUUGCCAAUGUAACCACGGGAUAUGGAAGACUCGUUGUUUCGUCGUGGAAGGGAUCUCGCGAGCUUCAUCAGAUCCAAAUCUGGGAUCUAGACGAGAUUGAGAGGUUUGCAUCAGAAUACCAUCCGAACCAUUAG